GUCAUAACAUGGGGUCAAAGCUUUUCCAUGAACAAAAGGAACCUUGUUAAAAUUAUCUUCUGCAAAAAGAAAGUCUCUUUCUACAGGCUAGGAUUAUACAAAGUGAAAUCAAGCUUCAUGGACGAUGGUCUUGGGAAGAUAAAGAUUAUUCCAGAUCACUUUACACCUUCAGAAUCCAGUUUGGAAUCUCCUCAAAGCAGUCCUUCUCCUUCAUCUAUUUUAAGGCCAAGGAUUGAUAGUUCAUUGAGGUCUCAUAGUCGUUUGAGUACACGGAGAAGAUUUAGGAGUGCUGCAUACAUGUUGAACUUGUUUAGUCUAAGGGGACUCCCAUGGAGUUCUGAUGCAGAUGGUGAAAAAAAGGUUGAGCUUACUGCUGCAGAACUUGAAUCACUACGGUCAGAGCUUGCUGAAAUAGAAGAGAGGGAAGCUCAUUUAAAAGCUCAGUUGGAACAUGUUGAUGAGGUUCUGCGGUCAGCUCGUCUUACUGGCUAUUUAUACAUAAGAACGAGAUGGGAAGCACUACCAGGAGAACCUCCAAUCGACGACUUUGAGGUUGAUGAUUGGCUUCCACGUUUUGUUGUCCUGCACGGAGUAUGUCUCUUCUUCUAUCUUUAUUCCACAGAUCUGAGUCCUCAGGACUCCACCCUGUUAUCUGAUGUUAUUAAAAUAGGUUCCUUGCCGAGCUUUGUUCGAGAGGGAGAAGGAACAGUAUAUGCCUUUUACAUCUUAAGUCGCCAAGGCUUGCGAAUCGAAUGUUCAAGCAGUUCUAAGAUCAAGGUAGAUUCCUGGCUGUUAGAAUUACAAAAAGACUGCAAAGUGGAUUUUGAUACUGAACCUCCCAAUGAAAUAUCAGAUGGUAAAAAGUGAUUUUUUUACUCCUUUUUUAACUGUAACCUGUAACCUGUAGAUAGGUGAGUUAGAUUUAUGUCUGAACUAGUUAAUUGAAUGUCAAUAUAAGGAUAACUCAUUCAUUAUGUCUCUUGUACAUGAAAUAUCAUUAAAUUGAAGAACAAGAAGGUUGUCUUUUCUCA